GGAAGCAGCGCGAGCUCUUCACACCGUCACAUGGAGUCUGCAGAAGGUCAGCGGGGGCGGGACGGCGGCGGUCUGAGGCGCUCCCCUCUGGACCUCAUCAUGAACCAGAUCCGCAGGAAGCGCUCGACCUCAGACAGGAAGCCGCUGGGACGCUUCCUGUCCCGAGACCGGACGGGGAUCCCCGAGAACGGGGGGGUGGAGGAGAAAGGACCCGGACCAGGCGUAGCCGCGGUGGUCGAGCGGGACCCCGGCUGGGGCAGGGUGUGUGUUUUCCUGCAGAAGUUGGGGAAGAAGGCCGACAGCAGGAGCCUCAGUCUGGCUCACUGCGACCUCACAGCUACAGACCUGCUGGAGUCAGCGACGUUGCUCCAGUUCCUCCCUCAGCUGGAGGAGGUGGACGUCUCCUGGAACGAGCUGAUUGGCGGAUGUCUGACAGCGCUGACCUCUCACCUCCAGGAUGUGGGCGGGAUCAGAGCGCUGAGGCUCUGCAGCUGUAGGCUGAACGCCGUUGACGUCUCUGCACUGGGUGAAGCUCUCGCCUGCGUUCCUCUCUUGGAGAUCCUCGAUUUGUCCUGGAACGGCGGCGUCGGCGGGGGCGCUUUGCAAGGCCUGCUGGGUAAACUUCACCCUCCGCUGAGGGAGCUCCACCUGGUGGCCUGCCAGCUCACUGCGGCCGAUGCCACUGCACUGGGAGAGACCUUGUCUACCGUCUCCAGUCUCCGUGUGCUGGACGUCUCCUGCAAUCCUCAGCUCACACAGGAAGUUGACGUCGGCGGCUUCAGAGCGCUGGCCGCCUCCCUCUCGCACGCCACCGCCCUCGCCACGCUGCGGUUACAGGCCUGCGGUCUGACGCCGGACGGCCUCGACGCUCUCGGUGGUUCGCUCCGCUGCCUCCCCUCAGUGAGAGAGUUGGACCUGUCCUGUAACAAAGGUCUGGCUGGAGGCCUGGACCGCCUCACGCCCCACCUGGUUCACCUCACACACCUGGAGAGCCUCGACCUCCACCUGUGCUGUCUCACGCGCUCCGACCUGGAGGCCCUGAUCCAGGUACUUCCCUCUCUGGCGGCGAUGACGCAGCUCGACGUGUCGUCCAAUAAGGAGGCAGGGGGCGUGGCCCACCAGCUGGUCACCGCCCUCCCUCUGACACAGAUGAGGCGUCUGCCGCUCAACAGCUGCAGCCUGAACCAGGAGUCAUUUACUGCUCUGGCUCUGGUCGUGCCGUACCUGCACACUGUGGACGUGUCCUGGUGUAAAGUGGUCGGGGGACGUUUAGCUCUCCUCCUGGACGCGUUGCAGCCGUCAGUCGUCCUGGAGCUCCGCCUCAGCAGCUGUGAGCUCACCACCGACGACCUGGGCCACCUCGCGGCCGCCUGCAGACGUGGCUUCCUGUCCUCUCUGCGCACGCUGGACGUGUCCUACAACGGCGCCGUGGAGGACGCCGGCUGGUCCGCCCUGUUCGCGGCGGAAGGCCUGGCCUCGCUGCAGGACGUCGACCUCAGCCUCCGACCUUCGACCUCCGCGCCCUGCUCGGCCUGGCUGCCGGCGCUGCUCUGCUCUGCGCCCCGCCUCCCGGCGCUGACCCGCCUGGCGCUGCAGCGCUGGACCGCCGGCUCACGGGACCGAGAGCGGCUGGACCAGUGCCUGAGGAAGAGGGGCGUCCAGCUGGAGUGGGACGCGGUGACCAAUCAGGAGAAUCCGGAGGGGAGUCGUCCCGAGGAGUAGAGGAUCAACAUCCUGAAAUCAAAUGUUCACUGAUGAAGGACAACUGAACUAAAAGAACGAAAGCCACGAAAAAUCAGAAAGACAUUUUUUUUCUGGAGAUUGAAAACAUUUCAAAUCUGGCAAAAUAUUUUGGGAACAUUUAAAAAAAAAAAAAUUGUAUUUAAUAUUUCCAUGUG